GAGUCAUUUGAAGUGAUUCGCUGAUGUAAACAGUCGCGAUUCACAGCGGCAGGGCUUGGAGAAGUUGACUUUCUAUCCACGUCAUCCCUAGAGACACUGUCUACCAAUUCUGAGCUUGGCAAGUAAGUUGCUAAGCAGGGGCCAUGGGCAUCUUGGGUACCGCCGUGAGCAGGAUGUUGAGAUGUCGCACCCCCCUGCCCCCCCUCUGCCGUGCAGCCAGCCGCUGCUACAGCAGCACCACCUCCGACUCCUCUUCAGAGCACCAGACCACUGAGAAGAGUGUGCCCUACGAGAAGACCCUCAAGCAGGACCAGGCGAGCAUGCGGGGCCCCACCAAGCCCCUGCCCCGGUCCGCAGAUGCAGUGGUGAUCGGAGGUGGCAGCCUGGGCUGUCAGACUAUCUACCACCUGGCCAAGAUGGGCAUGACUAAUGUGGUGCUGCUGGAGAGGGACAGACUCACCGCGGGCACCACCUGGCACACGGCAGGCCUGCUGUGGCAGCUUCGUCCCAGUGACACAGAGGUUGAGCUGCUGGCCCACACGCGUAACGUCAUCAGCUCCGAGCUGGAGAAGGAGACGGGCCUGGAGACUGGAUGGAUCCAGAACGGAGGCCUCUUCAUUGCCUCCAACAAGCAGCGUCUGGACGAGUACAAGCGCCUCAUGUCGCUGGGGAAGGUAUAUGGCAUCGAGUCCUACGUCUUAUCACCGGCGGAGACCAAAGAUCUCUACCCGCUGAUGAAUGUGGAUGACCUGUAUGGGACUCUCUACGUGCCCAAAGAUGGCACAAUGGACCCAGCGGGCACAUGCACCGUCCUGUCCAGAGCAGCGACUGCCCGCGGUGCCACGGUGAUAGAGAACUGUCCGGUGACGGGUGUCCAGGUGAGCACUGAUGACCUGGGGGUGAAGAGGGUGAGGGGAGUGGAGACACCCUUCGGGACCAUAGAGACAUCCUGCCUGGUCAAUUGUGCAGGUGUGUGGGCCACUAAACUGGGGGAUAUGGCCGGGGUCAAAGUGCCGCUGGUCGCCAUGCACCACGCCUACGUUGUCACAGAGAGGAUCGAGGGCAUCCAGAACAUGCCCAAUGUCAGGGAUCAUGAUGCAUCCGUUUACCUGCGUCUCCAAGGCGAUGCCCUCUCAGUCGGAGGCUACGAGCAGAACCCCAUCUUCUGGGACAAGGUGUCUGAUAAGUUUGCCUUUAGCCUGUUUGAUCUGGACUGGGACGUGUUCAUGCAGCACAUAGAGGGGGCCGUCAACAGAGUCCCAGCACUGGAGCAAACCGGCAUCAAAUCCACUGUCUGCGGACCAGAAUCCUUCACUGCAGACCAUAAGCCCCUGAUGGGGGAGGCUCCUGAAGUGAGAGGAUUCUUCCUGGGCUGCGGCUUCAACAGCGCAGGUAUGAUGCUGGGUGGAGGGUGUGGGAGAGAGCUGGCUCACUGGAUCAUCUAUGGACGUCCCGAAAAGGACAUGUAUGGCUAUGAUAUCAGGCGGUUCCACCACUCUCUGACCAACAACAACCGCUGGAUCCGUGAGCGCAGUCACGAGUCCUAUGCCAAGAACUACUCCGUGGUCUUCCCCUUCGACGAGCCUCUGGCCAGCCGCAACAUGAGGAGAGACCCCUUCCACCAGGUUCUGCAGGACCAGGGUUGUGUGUUCCAGGAGAGACACGGGUGGGAGAGACCCGGCUGGUUCCACAGAGAGGGACCCGCCCCGGUUUUGGACUAUGACUACUAUGGAGCAUAUGACCUUCCCAAAAACUCCAACGACAAGUACAGUGAGCUGCUUGGAAAAGAGUACACGUUUGACUUCCCCCCUCAUCAUGAUGUGAUUAAGGAUGAGUGCCUGACCUGCAGGAAUGGGGUAGCAGUAUUUAAUAUGUCCUACUUUGGGAAAUUCUUCCUGACUGGCCCAGAUGCAAAGAAUGCAGCUGAUUGGCUGUUCACAGCAGACGUCAACAAAGCCCCUGGUUCCACCGUUUACACCUGCAUGCUGAACAAGAAGGGUGGAUCCGAAGCUGACCUCACAGUCAGUCGACUGGAACCGGGCUCCGCCCACCUCCCACUGGCACCAGAAUCUAAUGGUGAUGCAUACUACCUGGCCAUCGGUGGAGGGGUGGCUGAGCACAACUGGAACCACAUCCAGACGGUGCUGCAGGACCAGGGCUUCCGCUGCAAACUGCAGGACCACUCCGAGGACAUGGGCAUGCUCAGCAUCCAGGGCCCCAAGAGCCGGGAGCUUCUCCAGGAGAUACUGGAUGCAGACCUUAGCAACGAUGCCUUCCCCUUCUCCACUCACAAAGUAGUGAAUGCUGCUGGACACAAGGUGCGUGCCAUGCGUCUGUCGUUCGUGGGGGAGCUGGGCUGGGAGCUUCACAUCCCCAAGGAGUCCUGCAUGCCCGUCUACCAGGCCGUCAUGGCCGCAGGGGCCAAGCAUGGGAUUAUCAACGCCGGCUAUAGGGCCAUUGACUCCCUGAGCAUAGAGAAGGGAUAUAGGCAUUGGCAUGCUGACCUGCGUCCCGAUGACACGCCCCUGGAGGCGGGGCUAGCGUUCACCUGUAAGAUGAAGACUAAGAUUCCGUUCCAGGGCCGUGACGUGCUCGAGUCCCAGAAGGCCGCAGGGCUGCGCCGGAGAAUUGUCUGCUUCACCAUCGACGAGAAAGUGCCCAUGUUUGGUCUGGAGGCCGUCUUUAGGAAUGGAGUCCCUGUUGGACACCUGCGACGUUCCGACUACGGAUUCGCCAUCGAUAAGACGAUUGGCUACGGAUACAUCCGCCACCCUGAGGGAGAAGUGGUGAGCCCUGCCUUUGUGCGGAGUGGAGAGUUCACCUUGGAGCGGAUGGGGGUGGUGUACAAGGCCAAAGCCCAUCUGAAGACGCCCUUUGACCCCGAGAACAAGCGGGUGAAGGGCAUCUACGACGCCCCGCUAGAUCAAAGCAACCUGCACAAGGCCAGGAUGUAACCCCCCCCACCCCCACCCCACCCCACCCUCUUCCUCUGUGAGGGGAGGAUGGCUGUGUCUACGGAAGGUGGGCGGAGUGGAUGUUUACAUACACCAAUCACGUUAGAGGAGUAUUGCUGAUCGCACAAACAUACCAUGAGGGUCUGAGAGGGGGGGCCAAUAGCCCACACCGACCCCUCCCAGUUUUAUGGUUUGUAAACAAGAAACCAUUGGUGCCUUCAAAUCAAGAAUACUAAACCAUUCUUUUAAAGCAAAUAAGUAAAGUGAUUUUGUAAAAAAUGUCUUUAAAUGUAACCUUUUAAUCAUCGGUCAGAGUAAAAAGCACACAGCUACAGCUACUACAGGUAGUUCAGAGGAUUGUGGCACCGUCCAGAUGCUACUGAAGCGUGAACAGUCAAGCGUUAGAUAUUACCGAAAUGUCAUUUAUUUGUUGCAGUUAAUGUUCCUAUGCAGUAUUUCUAAGACAAGGGGUCCAUGGCACCAACCUUGACAUAUGGACUGCUGAAGAAGAGAAAACAUGUACAAUUUCCAGUGCUUUUUAAACAGAUGAAAUUGCUGAUCUAAAAAUGUACAUACAUAAAGUCAUCCUGUGGAAAUUCAUACAAAGACAACACCACCAGGGAUAAUCCCUUUACUUUUAUUAGUGUCUUUUAAUGCCAAAUGGAAGUGAUGUAUGAAAGUUUUUUGCUCUGCCGAUCUUGAGGUCCUAAGCUUACGUGACAGCAAAGCAUUAGUGUGGGAUAUUCCCGCAUUCAGUCAGGCCUGUAUCUAGCAAGGUUAGACACAAAUAGUGAAAAGCAGCGUAUGCAGGACCUUGGAGUAAUUCCCUUUUUAAUCACAAGGAGCACUAAUGUUAUAUCAAUCUAUGUCAGUCUUUAUCUGAACAUAUUUUAUGCAAAGCCAAGUAGAAAUGCUGCUAACCGCUAAAGCUUUUCAAUGUGACAUGUGUAGUAGUUUUGUCCUUACAGAGUGAACUGUCAAUGAACUUUUGAGAAAUAAAGACAAGACACAA